CUUUCGAUACCAGAUCUCUCAUCUGUCGACGACAAUGACUUCCCUCGCCCAAGCUUCUGCUGCCCUUUCCACCUCUUUCAAGCCCACUUUGGCACCUAGCAGCAGGAGCUCUGGUUUGAAAUCAGUUUCCUUUUUCGUCACUGGAAAGCGUUUUCCAUCUCUGAGUUCCCAACCUGGGCGCCUCCAAAUUUCUUGUGCGGCCAAACCGGAGAUUAUCACCAAGGUGUGUAGCAUAGUGAAGAAGCAGCUGGCUUUAGCUAAAGAUGUGGAUGUGUCUGCUAGCUCAAAGUUUUCAGAACUUGGUGCCAAUUCUCUUGACACAGUUGAGAUUGUGAUAGGGCUUGAGGAGGCAUUUGGCAUCACCGUGGAGGAAGAAAAUGCCCAGACCAUCGCCACUGUUCAAGAUGCAGCUGAUCUGAUUGAGGAUCUCGUUGCGAAGAGUGCUUAAUGAA